CCCACUGGUCCCAAACCAGUAGUAGUCCUUUGAAAAGGCACGGUGCUUGAUGCAGUGGUGGGUACUACUUGCCCACACCAGUGAAGUUGUUGGGACAUUCUCUCUCCUUGAAACCACACUGCUGGGACUAUCACUGGCUUUUAGAACAUUUGUGCCCCGUGCCAUGGACGUUGGGAGCCUGAAGGACUACCGUUCUGGUGAAAGUGACACGAUUUUGUGAGGAAGCUGACAACGUGGUCUCCGACUCUGAAACUAAAGUGACAGAAAUAGCCUACUGUCAUCCAAUUGUUCGUCCUCCUGCGUCCCACCUCCUCUCACCAUGAGCUCCUGGGUAGUGAACAGGAAAGGAGAGCCACAGUACCGCCGCCACUUCCUGACAGACAACAGCACCUUUCAUGUGGAGCGAUGCAUGGGUGUGAUGCAGUCCGGCACACAGAUGGUAAAGAUAAAGGCAGGAUCCAAAGGGCUGGUGAGGCUCUUCUACCUGGAUGAUCAUCGCUCCUGCAUUCGCUGGAAGCCCUCACGCAAGAGUGAGAAGGCCAAGAUCACCAUCGAUUCGCUGUACAAAGUGACAGAGGGCAGUCAAUCGGACAUCUUCCAUCGGCAUGCUGACGGCAGCUUCGACCCGGCCUGCUGUUUCACGGUGUACCAUGGAAACCACAUGGAGUCCCUCGAUCUGGUGACAUCAAAUGCAGAAGAAGCCAGAACCUGGAUAACUGGCCUCCGCUACCUGAUGGCCGGGAUCAGUGAUGAGGACUCGCUGGCCAAACGGCAGCGUACGCAUGACCAGUGGCUGAAGCAGACGUUUGAGGAGGCGGAUAAGAACGGAGACGGUCUCCUGAACAUCGAAGAGAUCUACCAACUUCUCCACAAGUUGAAUGUCAAUCUGCCGCGCAGGAAGGUCAAACAAAUGUUUCAGGAAGCAGACACGGACGAUCAACAGGGCACGCUGACAUACGAGGAGUUCUCCGUCUUCUACAAGAUGAUGUCUCUGAGACGGGACCUUUUCCUGCUGAUGAUGGCGUACAGUGACAGGAAGGAUCACCUGACAGCGGAGGAGCUGGCCAACUUCCUGCAGAAUGAGCAGAAGAUGGCCAGUGUGACUCCAGAGUAUGUUGCAGAAAUCAUUGACAAGUUUGAAAUGUGUAACGAGAACAAACAAAGAGGCGUCAUAGGAAUUGAAGGUUUCACAAGUUUCAUGCGCAGUCCAGCGUGUGACAUUUUCAACCCUUUGCACCACGAGGUGAAUCAAGACAUGGAGCAGCCUCUGUGUAACUACUUCAUCGCCUCCUCUCAUAACACAUACCUGACUGGAGACCAGCUCCUCUCCCACUCCAAGACUGACAUGUAUGCCUGGGUGCUGCAGUCCGGCUGCCGCUGUGUAGAAGUGGACUGUUGGGACGGUCCUGAUGGAGAGCCGAUGGUCCAACACGGCUACACUCUGACCUCCAAGAUACCGUUCAAGUCUGUCAUAGUGACCAUCAAUAAAUAUGCCUUCAUAAAUAACCAGUUCCCAGUAAUUCUGUCCAUAGAGAACCACUGUAGCAUCCAGCAGCAGAAGAAGAUUGCUCAGUACCUGCGAGAAAUCUUUGGAGACAAACUGGACGUGAGAGAUGCCCUGAGCAGAGACUCCAAAACAUUACCCAGUCCUCAAUGCCUGCAGGGCAAGAUCCUCAUCAAAGGAAAGAGUCUGCCUGCCUAUCUGUCAGCGGACGCCGAGGAAGGCGAAGUGUCUGAUGAUGACAGCGCGGAUGAAAUUGAGGAUGACUUCAAGCUUAAGAGCAGCAAUGGGAAUGGUCAUCACCAGGUGGAGUCUCACAUCAGAAAGAAACUGGACUCUCUACUGAAGGAGUCUCAGAUCGGAGACAAGGAAGAUACAGACAGUUUCAGCAUCCGAGCUCUGCUCCGGGCUACGCACCAGGGCCUUCAGAAGAACCUGCGGCAGAGCUCCAAAGGGGUUCUGAAGAAAUCCCAAAGCAGAUCCUUCAUCACGACGCUCAAGCAGAAGAGGCACUCCAAAUCGAGGCUGUCGUGCCAAAGCGUGGACAAGGAGGAGGACAUUCAGGAGAGUUCUGGGAGGGAGGCCGGAGGACAGUUCAAUAGGGGAGGAAGGAAGAGGAAGACGAUGAAACUGAGUCGAGAUCUGUCAAACCUGGUGGUGUUCACCAACUCUGUUGCCUCACAGGAGUGUCUGAAUGAAGGUACUCCAGGUGAUGUUCUGUCAUUCAGCGAGACCAGAGCCCAAUCUCUGGUCAAUCACAGAGCCGAACAGUUCCUGGCUUUUAACCAGAGGCAGCUGUCACGGAUUUAUCCCUCAGCCUAUCGUAUCGACUCAUCCAAUUUCAACCCCCAGUUCUACUGGAACGUGGGCUGUCAGUUGGUUGCUCUGAACUAUCAGACAGAGGGCAGGAUGAUGCAGCUCAACAGAGCCAAGUUUAUGGUGAAUGGAGGUAUUGGCUACGUCCUCAAGCCCCCUCCCAUGUGUAAAGGCUCCUUCAACCCAUUCUGUGAUGACCCGCUUCCAGCUUACCCCAAGAAGCAACUCGUUCUCAAGAUCAUUAGUGGACAGCAGCUGCCUAAACCACCAGACUCCAUGCUGGGGGACCGUGGAGAGAUUAUUGAUCCAUUCGUCGAAGUGGAGAUUAUUGGCCUGCCAGUUGAUUGCUGCAAGGAACAGACACGAGUUGUUGAUGACAACGGUUUUAAUCCAGUAUGGGAGGAAACUCUGUCCUUUACACUUCACAUGGCUGAUGUGGUUUUGGUGCGCUUCCUUGUCUGGGACCAUGACCCAAUUGGACGGGACUUCAUUGGUCAACGGACAGUUGCCUUCAGCAGCUUGAUGCCUGGUUACAGACAUGUUUACUUGGAGGGGAUGACUGAGGCUUCCAUCUUUGUGCAUGUGUCAGUGCAUGAUGUCUAUGGGAAGUGGAGUCCUCUAGUCCUGAACCCCAGCUUUACCAUAAUGCACUUUCUAGGAUCUAACAAGGGUCAUCAGCUGCGAGGUAUCCGGGGUUUGUUUAACCGUUCUUCCAAGUCCUCUGCGGAUACAAACUCCAGUGACAUUCGGAAACGCUCCAUCAGUGAUCACCUACUGCGGCGCACAGCCAGUGCCCCAGCAAAGGGACGGAAGAAAACCAAGAUGGCACUAUCAGAGUCACUGGCUUCAAUAUCAGACCAAAAGAACGGCACAGGUGCAGGAGCAAGAGCACAGGACAUGUCAGGGAAAGAAGGAGGUGUGGAGAAGCGUUACCAGCCACGAGGCCCCCUCACCCACAGACCUAUCUCCAUGCCCUUAGACAGGCUGCUGCAAGGGCAGCUAUCCCUCUGUUCCCCAGACAAGGAACAGCAUGAUAUGGGCUCAGACACUGUCAUCGGAUCGUGCCCCUUCAACAGGCCCAGGUCUUCCUCUUUGGACCCUUUCAUCGAAUCCUCAUUGUCUAUCGAACCAAAAAUCUCCUCCCAUUCUAAGACAUACAUCAGUAGAAAUAAAGAUUUUGACCAAUCAGAGGAGGUUUCCUACCUGGUUACUGGUGGAGGAGCAGUAAGAAAGGAAGAUGAUUAUGCCAAUUACCAAUCAGAAGACAAUGGAGUCAACAAAUCAAAGAUCCUAUCCACAGAAGCAGAGUCAAAGUGCUUUGUCUCUGCUUCCAAGAACAGCCAGAUGAGAUCAGACAAACCAAAAACAUCAUCAAACAGCACAACAUUCACAGUUGCACCUUCAAUCUCCUCAUCCUCUUCUUCUGCCCCCUCCUCUUUGCCCCCGAUUUCCCCUGUCAGUAUGGACUGUGAUCUGAAGAGUCCCAGCUCUUUGCAUGACAGCACCAUCUCCAGACUCAUUGAUGCUGUGUCCUUAGGCAAUGAGCAAGACACAUGUGGCUCCAUUUCUGCUCUGAUUGGUCAGUUUGAAAGCACUGUUGAACAAAAUGAUUCACACACAUUAUCUCAUGAUCAUACCCCUUUCCGUCUCUCAAACUUGAAGCCUGCCACCCCUCAAGCACUGCAAGAUUUAAGGUCUCCUCUGAAGACCAAUGCUAAAUCUACUACCAAGAAACACCUAAUAAGUCCCCAAAAAGUAGCUGAAAAGACAAAUCAUGAAAUCCAUUCAGCGCGCAAUAUUUCCCAGGCAGAUGCAGCUCUCCUCUCCAGCCCAGAAACCGCUGAGCUCGAGGAGGUCUACACCAUUCUGGAUGAGGAGGUGCUGUUGCCUGUAUCAGUGUACAACCUAAGGAAACCGAUGGUCCAUUUUCAUUCAGACACUAGGGAGAGCACACCCUUAAACAGCUUGAGGUCCUCUCCAGCAAAAGUGGUCCAAGGAUUAGGGGAAAGACACAAUGUGGGCUGGGAUGAUAUGACCAGAAAGAGGGGCGGGAGAGAAGAAAUUGAGGAGGCAGAGGAGAGUGUAUACGAGGAAGUGUAUGAUCCCCCAGCACUACCACUACCAGGGAUACCAGUGAUAGAGCAGGGUACUUCUAAAAGGUACAUGGGCUCCUCUGUAAACAACGACUGCUUCCAGUUUUUCCAUGACUCCGCUGGAAAUGCUUUUGCAGAAGUGGAGAUAAAUGUUGAUGAGGAUCCAUUGGAGAUGAUGAUGACCUCGCCUAGACAUGGCAGCCAAUGGGAGGGACUCAUAAGUCCAACCAAACGCCAUGCUAUUUACCAAAACCAUGAGUCCACUCCCAACUUCUCCCAACAAAAACAGCCUUCAUCAUACCGUGAUCUUCAACAGCAGUACCCAUCACAUGCAUUUUCACAGUGUCCCUCCCCAAUGAAUCAACCUUCCUAUCAGCUGCCCAAUCCCCACCAACACCAGAACAACUCCCAGCCUUCUCCCUUCCACAGACCGGUCAACUCUAUACCCUCCAACCCUAGUCCACUGCGUCAGAACAGCUAUCCCGUUCCUCACAGCAAUUCUGAUGCCUUUAACAACAGCAGAGACUUCAGCAUUUCCUACACACAACAGAGGAGCUGUAAUGGCAACCAGAUCCUGAACAGGUCUCAUCACGAUAGGCUAGGGUAUGAACAGAUGGAGAGGGAGCAAGUAAGGUGCUUCCAUAAUGGUUUCUCCUCUUCUGAAAGCCUCCCUGGCCAAUCUGCUGUGUCUACAAACAUCAGUAGAGACAGAGGCCUUUUUUCCCCUUUUUCAGACUGCGAUGCAUUGUACAGCCACCUGGACUAUGACUGCAUUUCACCCUCAUCAGAGUCUUCCGCUCCUCGAAACACCCAGCCACAUUCCCAAAGUCAAACACAAUCAUACACCCCGACUCAUUCAUGGAACCAAAAGGUUUCCCUCAUCACUACAAGGCACCAGUCACAGCCUGAAUCCAGGGAUUCUCUGCACUCAAUUUUAGGCCCUUCAUCAAUUCGACCCCAGUCUGAUACCAUACACCCCACAGCCCCCAGCCCAUGUAAGUCCAAGUCCCUGGGAGACCUGACCUCCGAAGACAUAUCGUGCAACUUCCAGAGCAAGUACCACAUUAUUAGUCGCAGUUUCAUCACUCCUCAUAUGAGAAAGCAAAAGGGGAUGGGUACCUUGGGGGACUUAACUUUCCAAUCACAGUCUUGUGAUCCUCUUACUGAACAGCUACGUAAGCUGGUCUCGCUGGAGGGGGAUGACAGUGACAGAGAUGGACCCCAUCCUCCUCAGUUAUGCCAGGAAGUAAAGUCCCCGCUGUCACAGCCACAUGCAACAAGUGUCUCUCCUGUUGUUUCCAGGAAUGUAGAUGAUUCCCCUCCACUCCUUACCCGUCGCCUAUCUUCUCGGAGCCAAAGCCGAGUGCGUCACAUCAACAGCCGCGCCCGCGAAAGGCAGCAAGAUGCUCUAAAGCCUAGGGCAGGUGUGGUGAUCAAUAGUACAGCCAGCAUUGGUGGGGUGGUAUUGAGGAAUAAACCAGCCUCACAGAAUCCACCAGCUAACAGACACUCUACUGGUUCUUACAUAGCAGGCUACCUUAGUCAGCUGGAGGACAGGGGACUUCCUGAAGGAGCUUGUACAUCGUUACGUUAUGGAAAUGGGGAUCAUUAUGGAGAUCGGUCCUAUACGGACGACUCUCUUCCACCUGCUGAUGCCAACCAAUCUGCGUCAGAGCCCGAGGUGUACUUUCUGCUCAGACUGUAGCUAUGACCAUAACCUAAAAUGAGAUUAACUAUCAAGCAAUGAUUCUUGAUGAUGUUCAGUUACACCAAAAGCCAGAAGAUAAGGAAAUAAAUACUUGCCAUAGUUUGUUCCUAUGUUCGCAGAUCCAUAGGUUUCCAUUAUAACAGUUGAAUAAAUGUUAAUCUUGGCUAUUUCUAGAUAAAGAUAUAGUCUGUACAAUGUAAGUGAAAUGUCACAUGUAAUCCAUGGUUGGAUUUGACAGCAUGAAUUUCCUGUAUGAAAUGUCUACUAUUCAGUGGUGAAUGGUCUUUCUAGUCUGGCAGUGUAUUUUCUAUAUUCUACUUAAUGUGUAAAUGUACUUGGGAACUUUGACUCCCCCAAAUGGCUUCCUAGACUGAUUGUACAGAUACUUGUUAUCUUUGUUCCUGUGAUGUACUGUCCAAACUGCGUACAUUGAAUAUGAAGCAAAAAGAAGAAUUAAGUCUUAAGCAGAGAGGGAAUGUCUUUCUAUGUAUAAUUUGAAUGUGUAGUAUAAUCAAACAGCUACUUUUAAUAGAUGGGGUUCAUCAUUUCAAAGAUCAAAUGUAAGUCUUCCUUCUCUUUUCAGUGGUAUUUCUGUAUUUGUGUUGUGUGUAAAUAUUCCUGUCAUUGUUUUUAAUCUAAGAUGGGUUUUAGUUAAGAACCAAUUCUAACUGUACAUUUAUGUUUGUGCAUGUUACCUGUGUAAACAUGUCAAGCAUGACUAUGCACCAAUUUAUACAAUAGAUGUUGCAUUGCCCAAAAACAUUUGCACCGAACAAAUAAUUGCAUUGGAUACAAUAGAGGACAUGUCUUGCUUAGGUGCAAUAUAGUACAUCAACUUCCGUGCUUGGACUUGUUGCUCUCUAUGAUUUGUAAAAUUUGAAAACAUGAUUGCAAAUUUGAAA